AUGUUAAAGUACAUAGUGAUCGUUUUACUUACAGUGAUACCCAAGUCAUUGUUACAGGUAUCAAUGUCAUAUGAGGCGAUCUUUGUCUCAGUAACCAGAUCAGAGAACGCACAACCAAUUGACAUUUCAAAUCUUUGACUCAUUGGUCGAGAGCGUAUUUUAAAUGGGACUUUUGAAAUUCUCGAGGAUGCUGGCGAUACAAAUUAUCAAGUAUCUGUGGAAAUUUGUACAAUCUUCAAAAAGUAAGGUUUCUAUUUAAAGGACUGCAUCAAAAAUGGCAAAAACAAUGAUUUACAUAUAAACACAACUUCUUGCCUUUUUCCCAAAGGAAAGUACUAUUUAAAAAACGUUACUUUAAACGUUCAAAAUUGGCCAAAAAUAAUACAGCGCGGCCUUUGUCGACACGUUUGCACUUUUUAUAAAUAUGAUGUACCUGUUGGCACAUUAAAUGUUACCUCCUCCAUUGAAGACCGUGCUCCAAAUGUAUUUGGAAUGUAA